UACAUUGCAUUGGCAUCUCUAAAACAUGCUUGCUUCUCCAUACAGGUUCAUUUCUUUCUUCUGAAAUAUUAUCGACUGAAUUAAUUAAUGGCAGUUCUUAGAGAACACAAACUUGUUGAAACAUGUCGGGUUGGUCCAGCAGUGACAACAACCACCUCUCUUCCCCUCACAUUCCUGGAUUUGCCUUUGGCAGCAGGUCCUGUUUAUGUGAGACGCCAAUUCUUCUAUCACUUCCCUCAUUCCACUCUCCAUUUCUGUGAAACCACACUUCCUUCUCUCAAAACCUCACUCUCUCACACCCUUCAACACUUCUUCCCUCUAGCAGGAAACCUCCUCUGUCCUCCACCACCUCACAAACCCUUCAUUCGCUGCACCGAUCAUGACUCUCUCACCUUAACCAUCAUCGAGUCCAAAGAUGAUUUCAACCAUACAUCUUCCAACCACCCCAAAACUCUCAAAGACUUGGAUCACUUGGUUCCAAAGUUAACAUACACAUACACACAUGAUGACACGUUCACUUUCCCUUUGGUGGCCUUGCAAGCCACGGUUUUCCCCAACCAUGGCCUUUGCAUCGCGAUCACGUAUUGCCACGUGAUGGAUGAUAGGUGUUGCAGCCAUUUCAUGAAGUCUUGGUCUUCCAUUUGUCGAAGCCGUGGCGUUGACUUGACCCUUGUGGAGAAGUUUCCACCUUGCUUUGAUAGGGAAGUGUUGAAGGACCCCAAGGGACUCGAGGCCAUUUUCUUGAGAGACUAUUUUGAAGACAGGUCAACAUGGAAGGACAAACUCGUUGGUAAGAAAACCACUACUUCUGAGAUUUCCACUGGAAAUAACGAAGAUUAUGCCAAAGCAACGAUUGUUUUCGGAAGAGAUGACAUUGAGGGGCUGAAAAGAUGGGUGCUGAAUGAGUGGAAUAAAAGUGAGGAACUCAAAGCGCCACAAUAUGUAUCGACAUUUGUGGUGACGUGCGCUUUUGUGUGGUCUUGUUUGGUUAAAACAAGAUGCAGAAAUGAUGAUGGAGAUAAUGAGAAAGAGGAGUAUUUUCGUUUUGCUGCAGAUUGUAGAGAUCGCCUUGAAUAUCCUGUGCCAGAAACAUACUUUGGAAAUUGCUUAACUUUUUGUUAUUCAAUGCUCAAAAGAGAGGACCUCAAGGGAGAGGGCGAUUUUGUGAAUGCGGUUAAGGUCAUUGCAAGGGCAGUGACUGAUAUGAAAAGUAAACUCUUUAAAGAUGCAGAAAAUUGGAGGGAAUCUUUCAUGAAAAUGUUUGUGUUGGGAAGUACGUUGGUGGUUACAGGGUCACCCAAAUUCACUGUUUAUGAGACUGAUUUUGGGUUUGGAAGACCUAAAAAAGUGGAAAUGAUACAUUCCUUUAAGGGUAUGUCUCUAGCUGAAAGUGGAGACAGGGAAGGAGGACUUGAAGUUGGUUUGGUUUGCAGAACUGAAGAAUUUGAAUAUUUAUUUUCUGUCAUUCAACAAGGACUUCAUGUUUCAAAAUCCUAAUGUUAUUUGUACGUUUUACAUGAAAACCGAAGCUAAGGUUAAUGGGAAAAAAUUGAUUCAACAUGUGAGGGUUGAUUUUAGCUUCCCCAAUUGUAAUAUGGAUCUUUGGAUUUUAUUUUUAGUAUAAUUU